UCAACCCAAGACAUCCGCUUCCCAAAGCCCGAAAUUCCAGAUCCCACUAACCAACCAACCCAGAUCCAGACGGAGACUCCCAAAUGGCUUCUUCCCCCGAAUCCUCCCACAUGCACUCCGAAGACUCCCCAGUCGGAGCUCGUACCCCUACGAACAUUCGUAGCGCCACCUCCCAGUUCCCAGGCACCUCAGAGCUCUCUCCGCCCGGGUCGCAGACACAAUCUGUAUCAGCUGAUGUUGGGGGGCUCGCUGGACUGGGGAAUACUAACGCGUCUGGAGGCUCCGCGGAGACGACAUCCGCUCAACAGCAGCAGCAACCGGGGGCAUCGUGGAAUAACAAACGGGCGGAGGAGGAGUACCACCGGGCAAUGGAAUUUGUGAUUGAUCAGGACUUCAACCUAGACGAGUUCGGGGACCCAUUUGAUGACAGGGAUAUGGAGGAGAAAUUAUUCUAGAGAUAUGGGCUACAGGUAGACAUGGUGUUUAGGGCGCUUUUGUGUUCUUCGGUGCUUCUUUUCUCGGGGGAUUUGAGUGUGAUUCCUGGUUUGAGACAUGAAUGAUUUAUGAGAUAUGAUUGUCGAAUUUGAGGGGGUUUUCUGAGGAUAUAGCUGGAAUGAGACAGGCGAUGAA